AUGCUCCUUGAGGACCCGAUGAUGGCUUUUGUUCACUCCAGCCGAGGCUGGGAUGCAGAUGGAAAAGGCCCUUGUGUCUGGGACACAUUCACCCAUCAGGGAGGAGAGAGAGUUUUCAAGAACCAGACUGGCGAUGUAGCUUGUGGCAGCUACACUCUGUGGGAGGAAGAUCUGAAAUGUAUCAAACAGCUUGGAUUGACUCAUUACCGCUUCUCUCUUUCCUGGUCACGUCUGUUACCUGAUGGGACGACAGGUUUCAUCAACCAGAAAGGAAUUGACUACUACAACAAGAUCAUUGACGAUUUGUUGACAAAUGGGGUUACACCCAUAGUGACCAUCUACCACUUUGAUCUGCCUCAGGCUUUAGAAGACCAAGGAGGUUGGCUGUCAGAGGCAAUCAUUGAAGCCUUUGACAGAUAUGCUCGGUUUUGUUUCAGGACCUUUGGGGAUCGAGUCAAGCAUUGGAUCACCAUAAAUGAGCCUAACAUUCUUGCUGUGCUGGCAUAUGACAUGGGCAGUUUUGCUCCUGGUAUACCUCACUUUGGGCCUGCAGGUUAUCAGGCAGCUCAUAAUUUGAUUAAGGCUCAUGCCAGAGCCUGGCACAGCUAUGAUUCCUUAUUCCGAAAAGAGCAGAAGGGUAAGGUGUCUCUAUCAUUGUUUUUUGUCUGGUUGGAACCCGGAGAUCCCAACUCAGUGGCUGACCAGGAGGCUGUUAAAAGAGCAUCUGCUUUUGCAUUAGAUUUCUUUGCUAAACCUAUAUUCAUUGAUGGUGAUUAUCCUGAUCUUGUCAAGUCCCACAUUGCAUCCAUGAGUAAAAAGCAAGGGUUUCCAUCAUCGAAGCUUCCAGAAUUUACCGAGGAAGAGAAGAAAAUGAUCAAAGGCACUGCUGAUUUCUUUGCUGUGCAAUACUAUACAACUCGGCUCAUCAAGCACCCAGAGAUUAAGAAAGGAGAACAAGAAAAACUGGACUUCUGGCAGGAUUUGCAGGUUGAUAGUUUUCCAGAUCCAUCUUGGGAAGGUGUUGACUGGGUCUAUGUGGUGCCGUGGGGAAUACGUAAAUCACUGAAAUACAUUAAGGAUACGUAUAAUAACCCUGUAAUUUACAUCACUGAGAAUGGGUUUCCCCAGCGUGACCCCCCAUCUCUUGAUGACACUCAGCGUUGGGAGUAUUUCAGACAGACAUUUCAGGAAAUGUUCAAAGCUAUCCAUGUUGAUAAAGUCAAUCUUCAAGUGUAUUGUGCCUGGUCCCUUCUGGAUAACUUUGAGUGGUGUGAUGGAUACAGCCUACGGUUUGGUCUUUAUCAUGUUGAUUUUGAAGACCCAGCUAGACCUCGGGUCCCUUAUACAUCAGCCAAGGAGUAUGCCAAGGUCAUCCGAAGCAAUGGCCUGGAGGGGGCUUUGUAGAACUGGUGGCUGGGCAGUAACCCCUGGAGAGGACACCUCUGCUUCUGGAAAGGAAAUCUGCUUCAGUGAUGAUCUCUCAGAUGACCUCAGGUUGCCUCUGUACCUGCUGAUCUGUUAUUAUGAAAUCUGAAUUUGUAAUGCCUGGGAAUAUAUUUAAUGAUGGCCUCUAUUUGUAUUUUGAUUAAUGAGGGCUUUAAAAAAAUAAAAUAGAAAACCACUGAAAUUGAUUUUUAUAUUAAAAAAUCAGAUAUAUUUGGAAAGCUCAAUUUAAAACCUUAGAAUUUUUUUUUCUAGGAAAAAAUAAUGCAAAGUUUAUAGAGAUAAUAUUCUGAUGAUUUGCAAUUGUAAUGACACACCACUUAUCACAAGGAUACUUUUUACCAGCUUAACAUAUCCUGGUUACAUAGCUACUUGUCCUUAGUCUAUCCAUUUUGUGUGAUCAUCACCAUUUUGUCACUAUUUAACCUAGAAUAAAGAAAUCAAAGCUAAAAGUAACAUUAUACUGUCAUACAUUCUUUUGUCACAAAGGAAUUAAUUGAGAAUCUAUUUAAUAAAAUGCAUUGUUGAUAUGUGUGGCACACGGUUUGCCUAUGCUUGGACAAAUACAUUUUUC